AUGGGUGAGCUAUAUUGUGAAGCACAACUUCUACCACCGCAUGGUCGAUCUGAUCAUCAGUGCAUCCUAUUCUCUCCUUUAAACCAGCAGCGGCAUGGGAAAGCAAUAUCUAGAUCUGCUGAACUACAGAAAACAGCGGACCUUCUGCUCGAUGCUUUUGUUGCUCCUUGGAAGGACCGAGAGACCACCGCACUGUCAGUCAGCGAGGUUGCCAGUGAAUUGGACGACAGACCUCCGCCUGUUCCAAACAUUGGGCAAGUUAAAGCCAUACUCAAACAUGUGAAUCCGAGGAAAGCAACAGGUGUUGACGGUGUGCCUGAGUGGCUCCUUAAACGGUUUCACGAAGAACUGGCACCUGUUGUACACGAUAUUAUUUGUGCCAGUAUAGUACAGUCCAAGUAUCCUACUAGUUACAAGCAUGCUUUGGUCAGCCCGGUACCCAAGGUUGAUAAUCCCACGGAUAUAGACGAUGACUUUAGGCAGAUUUCAGUUUUGCCACAAGUCGCCAAGGUACUGGAGAGGAUCCAGCUUAAGCUAAACCUAAAGGCGCUUCCCAACUUUUUACGGCGGACAGAUCUACUAUGA